AUGAUAGCUGCGGCGUUUUUGGUGUUGCUGAGACCGUAUAGUAUUCAAUGUGUACUCUUAUUAUUGUUACUUCUUCUGGGAACAAUCGCUACAAUUUUAUUUUUCUGCUGUUGGCACCGUAAGCUCCGUAGUGGGAAACAUCCCAUAAAAUCGGUGCUUUCAGGACGCUCAAGGAGUCGUGAAGCUGGUUUCCGGACGCAUCAUUUUCGAUCAGAGGGUUACAGACAUAGCCCUCGCCAUGCCAGGAGGAGCGCACGAGUUCGAGUCGCAGAGGAGAGCAAGCCACUCGUGGAAAUUCCCGAAAGUGACCAAGAAGCCUCAGCUCUGAGGAAACGCAAAGUAAAGAAGAGAGUCCAGCCGGAAUUUUAUCACUCAGUGCAGGUCACCCCUACACGCAAACCCAGCUCCGGGUCUGGGAACGUUUCCCUUCGCUGUUCCAUGUCUUCAUCGGCAGAUAUUUCGGAUGACGAUGAUUACAGUCUGAAAUCUGGGUCGGUAUCACCGGCGCCUGGGGACACGUUACCGUGGAACCUACCCAGACAUGAGCGUUCGAAGCGAAAAAUUCAGGGAGGAUCCGUGCUGGAUCCGGCAGAGAGAGCCGUUCUCAGAAUAGCUGAUGAAAGAGACAGAGUCCAGAAAAAGACAUUCACAAAAUGGAUAAACCAGCAUCUUUUAAAGGUACGGAAACAUGUGAACGAUCUGUACGAGGACCUGCGAGAUGGACACAAUCUGAUCUCAUUGCUGGAGGUCCUGUCAGGGGAGACUUUGCCACGAGAGAAGGGCCGAAUGCGCUUCCACAGACUCCAGAAUGUGCAGAUAGCACUGGACUACUUAAAGAGGCGGCAGGUGAAACUCGUCAACAUCAGGAACGAUGACAUCACAGAUGGAAACCCAAAGCUGACCCUGGGGUUGAUAUGGACCAUAAUACUGCACUUCCAGAUCUCGGACAUCCAUGUCACGGGGGAGUCAGAGGACAUGACAGCCAAGGAGAGGCUGCUGCUCUGGUCCCAGCAGAUGACAGAGGGCUACGCAGGAGUCCGCUGCGACAACUUCACCACGUCCUGGCGGGACGGGAGACUGUUCAACGCCAUCAUCCACAAAUACAGGCCGGACCUAGUGGAUAUGAGUCGAGUGUCCACCCAGAGCAGCCGAUCAAACCUGGAGCAGGCCUUCAGCGUGGCAGAACAGCUGGGUGUCGCUAGACUGCUAGACCCUGAAGAUGUGGAUGUGCAGUCUCCUGAUGAGAAGUCGGUCAUUACUUACGUUUCCACGCUGUAUGAUGUUUUCCCAAAAGUGCCAGAGGGCAUGGAGGGAAUCAAUGCUAAUGACGUGGAUAUCAAGUGGGUGGAGUAUCAGAACAUGGUCAAUUACCUCAGCCAAUGGAUCAAGCAUCAUGUGGCAAUUAUGUCUGACAGAACGUUCCCAAGCAACCCUGUGGAACUCAAGGCACUUUAUACACAGUAUUUGCAGUUUAAAGAGAAUGAAAUACCGCCGAAAGAAAAUGAGAAGACCAAAAUUAAGCAUCUUUAUAAAAUGCUAGAGGUGUGGAUCGAGUUUGGCCGUAUUCGGCUGCCGCAGGGUUACCACCCCAACGACGUGGAGAAGGAAUGGGGCAAGCUGAUCAUCGGCAUGCUUGAGAGGGAGAAGAGCCUGAGGCCUGAAUUGGAGAGACUUGAAAUGUUGCAGCAGAUUGCAAACAGGGUCCAGAGGGACUGUGUAGCUGGGGAGGAUAAACUAGCACUUGCACGAAGUGCCCUUCAGUCAGAUGCAAAGCGUUUGGAAUCAGGGAUUCAGUUCCAGAACGAAGCGGAGAUUGCUGGAUACCUGCUGGAAUGUGAGAACAUCUUGAGACAGCAGGUGGUGGAUAUCCAGAUCCUAUUGGACGGAAAGUUCUACUUGGCCGAUCAGCUUGUUCAGAGAGUGUCCAAGCUCCGGGACGACCUGCUGGCCCUACGGAGCGAGUGCUCAUCGGUCUACAGCAAAGGCCACACGCUGACUACCGAGCAGACCAAGAUGAUGAUCUCGGGAAUAACUCAGAGCCUGAACUCGGGCAUCUGUCCCAACCUCAACUCGGGGCUGACGCCGGCCCUCACGCCCACCCUGACUUCGGGGGGCCUGGUGCCGUCCUGCUCCGCCUUUUCUGCCGCUCUCACCCCGAACCUCCCGCCAUCCCUGACGCCGGUCAUGACCCCCGGCCUGCAGCCCUGCAUCGGGGGCGGAGGGGGGGUGGACCCCGGGGCCCUGCAGCAGCUGAAACUCAUGCAGAUCCGCAAGCCCCUGGUCAAGUCCUGUCUGGUGGACCCCAACAUGACCGAGGAGGAGGUCAACAUGAACUUUGUGCAGGACCUCCUUAACUGGGUGGAAGAAAUGCAGGUGCAACUGGAUCGCGGAGAGUGGGGGUCAGAUUUGCCGAGCGUAGAAUCACAUUUGGAAAAUCACAAAACCGUGCACCGAGCCAUUGAAGAAUUUCAAAUGAGCCUUAAAGAAGCCAAAAUUAGUGAGAUUCAGAUGACACAACCCAUGAAACACAGUUACUCUGAGAAGCUGGGCAAGUUAGAGACUCAGUAUGGGAAAUUGCUGAACUCCUCGAGGAACCGACAGAAGCACCUGGAAAGUCUCCACGACUUUGUGUCCAGAGCCACCCAUGAGCUGAUCUGGCUCAAUGAAAAGGAGGAGGAGGAGGUGGCCUUUGAGUGGAGUGACCGCAACACCAACAUCUCCAAAAAGAGGGACUACCAUGCAGAUCUCAUGAGAGAGCUGGAGGACAAGGAGGCGGCAAUCAAGUCUGUGCAGGAGAAGGCGGAGCAGCUCCUGGGGGGAAACCAUCCGGCCCGGCUAACCAUCGAAGCAUACAGGGCGGCCAUGCAGACGCAGUGGAGCUGGAUUCUGCAGCUGUGUGGCUGUGUGGAGCAACACUUAAAAGAGAACGCUGUCUAUUUUGAGUUUUUCACUGAUGCCAAAGAGUCCAUGGAUUAUCUGAAGAGCCUUCAAGACACCAUCCAAAGAAAGUAUGGCUGUGACCGAACGAGCAGCCUGCAUAAACUGGAAGACCUGGUCCAGGACUCCAUGGACGAGAAGGAGCAACUUCUUCAGUACCGUGGCACUGUGGCUGGCCUGGUGGGCAGGGCAAAAAGCAUUGUCCAGCUGAAGCCCCGCAACUCUGACAGCCCUGUACGGACCUCCAUCCCCGUCAAGGCCAUCUGUGACUAUCGGCAGAUCGAGAUAACCAUCUAUAAAGAUGACGAGUGCGUCCUGGCCAACAACUCUCACAGAGCUAAGUGGAAGGUCAUCAGUCCCGCUGGCAAUGAAGCCAUGGUGCCCUCUGUCUGCUUCACCGUACCUCCCCCCAACAAGGAAGCCACAGACAUGGCCAGCAGGAUUGAGCAGCUGUACCAAAAUGUGCUGGCACUGUGGCACCAGUCCCAUGUUAACAUGAAGAGUGUGGUGUCCUGGCACUAUCUGAUGACCGACAUCCAAGCCAUUCGCAAAGCUAAUGUAGCAUCUAUCAAAACUAUGCUGCCAGGUGAGCACCAGCAGGUCCUGAGCAACCUGCAGUCUCACCUGGAAGAUUUUCUGCGGGACAGCGAGGAGUCGGAGGUUUUCUCCAUGGCGGACCGCACCCAGCUGGAGAGGGAUGUUGAGGCCUGCAAGCAAUAUUAUGAGGAGCUGCUGAAGUCUGCAGAGAGAGAGGAACACGAGGAAUCUGUGUACAAUCUCUUCAUCGCUGAGUUGCGUAACUUCCGUAUGCGCCUCGAGAGCCACGAGGAGCACCUGAUCCGGCAAAUACGCACCCCUCUGGACCGAGAUGAUUUGCAGGAGAGUGUGCAGCGCAUUGCAGAGCAAGAGAAGACGAAGAAUGAUCUGGACAGGCUGAAGGCAGACCUGGAGACCAUGAAGGAAAAGUGCGAGACAUUUGUGAGCCAGGCAGCGGCCUCCCUCACCGUGCCCACGCUCUCCUCCGAGCUCAACGUGCUCAUCCACAGCAUGAGCCAGGUUUACUCCAUGUCCUCCAUCUACCUGGAGAAGCUUAAAACUGUGAGCCUGGUGGUGAAGCACAGUCAGACCGCAGAGGCCUUGGUGAAACUGUACGAGGCGAAACUCUGUGAGGAGGAUGCAGUGAAUGCUGACACCAAGGCGAUUGAGACUGUUAUGAGCACGCUCAAGCAAUGGCGCACAGAGAUCGACGAUAAACGCGGCGUCUUCCACGAUUUGGAGGAUGAGCUGCAGAAGGCCCGCGCCAUCAGCGACCGCAUGUUCAAGACCCACAACGAGCGGGACUUCGACUUGGACUGGCACAAAGAGAAGGCAGACCAGCUGGGUGAGAGGUGGCAGAAUGUGCACUCCCAGAUUGAGAACAGACUUCGUGACUUGGAGGGCAUCGGCAAAUCACUGAAGUAUUACAGAGACACAUACAACAGCCUAGACGAGUGGAACAAAGAAAUGCAAGCCACUCAGCUGAAGAUGCAGGAGAACCAGCCUGAGGACAGCAAGUCCCUUGCUGAGCUGCUCAACCAGCAGAAGGUCCUCAUGUCAGAAAUUGAACAGAAGCAAAGCAAGAUUGAGGAGUGCCAGAAGUAUUCAGAGCAGUACUCUGCUGCUGUCAAGGACUAUGAGCUCCAGCUGAUGACAUACAGAGCCAUGGUGGACUCACAACAUAAAUCCCCUGUCAAACGCCGGAGAAUGCAGAGCUCCUCUGAUGCAAUCUUGCAGGAGUUCAUGGACCUUCGAACCAGUUACACUGCUUUGGUGACCCUUAUGACCCAGUAUGUGAAGUUUGCUAGUGAGACACUGAAGCGGACAGAGGAGGAAGAGAAAUCUAUAGAGGAGGAGAAGAAAGAGCACGGUGAUAAAGUUACUAAGUUAUUAAACUGGAUGUCCAGUGUGCAGACAAACCUAAGCAAAGAAGACAAGGCCCUGACAGAUGGUAAACCCAGCACAGAGAGCUCUAGUAAGCCCCAGGUUUCAAUGGAGGAACUAGCAACAAAGAAAGAACAGAUUGCUGAGGCCCUGAGGACAACACAGCUGAUCUUAACUAAACACAGUGACAAAAUGACUGAGGAGGAAAAACAGGUGACCAAGGAGCAGCUGAAAUCUUUGCAUCAAGCGUACAGCGAACUGUCGAAGCAGUGUGCUGAUCAGACCCCUGCAGCUGAACAGGAAUUUCAGACCAUUGAAGGGAUCCUGGAAGUGGGAAGUGGAACAGUAUAUUCUGUGUGCCGCUCUAUACAGAGUGGGCUCAUAGACCAGUCGACAGGACUUAGUCUCUUGGAGGCCCAGCUUGUGACAUCUGGGCUGAUUUUACCUGAAUUCAGAAUGUGCCUGGAUUUAGACGACGCGUUCAAGCACAACCUUGUGGACGAAUCCUCCUACCAGCAGCUGCAAGGCUUGAACGAGGCAAACAAGUGCUUCCUGAAUGAGCGGUAUGCCUCGGAGCCUUUGCCUGUUAUAGCUGCAGUGAAAGAAGGGGCCGUCUCUGAACGUCUGGCUAUAAAGGUGAUUGAGAUCCAGCUGGCAACAGGAGGGCUGAGGCUUACGUACACUGGGGAUGUCUUGAACCUUGAAAAGGCAUUCCAGUGUGGUCUGAUCCCACCCGCAUUGUUCAUCAAGAUCCUGGAAAGGCAAAAUACCUGGAAGGACCUGAUCGACCCUAACACGGCCGAGAAGGUCUCACUUGUCCAGCUGGUGCAGAGGAGCCUUGUUCAUGAAGAGACAGGACUGCGUUUGUUGCCGGUGAAAAAAGGACAGGAUGGGAUCAUAUCCCUGAAAUCUGGGAGGGAAAUCAGCAUUCUUAGGGCUGUACACGAAGGCCUGAUAGACAGAGAAACCAUGUUCCGAUUGCUGGGAGCUCAGCUGUUUGCUGGUGGUAUUGUGGACCCAAGUACAGGUCGAAAGCUCACUGUGGAAGAGGCCUUGACAGAGGGCUUGAUUGAUCAGGACACUGCCAGUGGCAUACUGAGCCACCAGGCACAAAAUGGUGGCAUUGUCAACCCUCACAAUGGAGAACGACUCACCGUAGAUGAAGCUGUACAAUGCAACUUAAUGAGCUCCAGCAGCGCCCUCCUAGUAUUGGAAAAACAGAAGGGAUUCAUGGGACUUAUCUGGCCCCACUCUGGUGAGAUCUUGACUGUUACAACUUCCCUUCAGCAUGAGAUCAUCACAAACCAGCUCGCCUACAAAUUACUCAGCAACAGGCAAAAGAUUGCAGCUUUUUACAUACCGGAGAACUCAGAAGUGGUUGGCAUUGAUUCAGCUACAAAGGAGGGUUUGAUUGACAGGUACACUGCAGACGUGUUGAAGACUAUAGAGAUACCAGAUGCAUUCCCUGAUAUUGAUGAGCUGAAUCACAAGUUUUCUAUGUGGUUGUCUAUGAGGGAGCUACAGAUUGAAGGAUCGCAUCAAUCCCCAGAAAACCUAGAAGUAGAUCAAACAAACAUAUGUAGUCCAUCACGCACUGAGGCAAAGCAACUAUUUAUUUCUUACCUUAUGAUGAAUAGCUACAUGGACCCCAAAUCAGGAAAAAGGCUUUUAAUAUUUGAUGGACAGCUGAAUAAAAUGACAAAACUUUUUAUAGAAAACAUUGUAGAUCAAAGCCCAGAUCGUGAGCAGAACACCUCACCCGUUGCCAGUUUCUCAGACUUUAGUGAUAUACCUCUGCAAGAUGAAACUAUUGAAGACUCUGAUGACACAAAGCUUCCUCGUGAAAGCUGUAUUAUAGAAAAUACAGAAAGUAAGCACUUUAACAGAGACAAUGAAAAGCUGGCAGAAGAAAGACAUCGUUCAGAUUUGCAAUACUUUGUUUCAAAAGAGGAUGAUGCUCAUAGUCAAGAAUGUGAAGUGUGUAUUGCAGAUGAGGACAAACUACAAUCACAAGUUAGUUUUAAAAUAGAUGCUACGCCUAGUUCCAGUGAUAAAAACUCUGAUGAGCUUGAUUCUGAAGUACAUGUUCCACUUGAAAGCUGCCUGAUGAAGCACAAACACAAAAUUGUUGACACAGUCAAAGUAGCCCUUGAAUUGCAAACUAAAAUUGCAGGUGCUUCAAAAGGCUCAGAUUUUAAGCUGCAAGAGGAUGACGCUGCAAGUUAUCCCACACAGACAACAGAGAAGGCCACAACAUCUAUAGCAUCACCCACUGAGAUGUUCAGUGGCACAAACUCCAGUUCAUUCUCAACAGAAACCGUUUCCAGAGAAUGUAAUUUCCAGUCUUCUAGAGCACAGAAUAGCCUGACAAAUGUGCAGGACGCUGUGCCCUCAGUACCGAGAGGUGAAUUGUGUAAAAUGCUAGAACGGACCGCAGAACAGUCGUGCUCAAAGAAACUCUGGCGGGACAAAGGGGAGCGGGACAAUGCAGUCUACCUCCUGAAAGCUCAAGUGGAGGAAGGCGGAAUCUUGGACGUGACUUCUGGGAAGCGAUACAGUCUCAAUGCCGCCCUUGAGAAGGGGCUGGUGGACGAAGAGAUUGUGUUAGAGGUCUUGGCAUCACAGCUCCCAGACCAAGGCAUUUCAGACCGUCAAGUGGACACCAUGUUUACCCUCAAAGAGGCAGUUUCAAAGGACAAAAUAUCACCAAUGGCAGCCCUACUGAUCAUGGAGAAAGUGAAUUGUUUGGGUGGUUUCUACGAUUCAGAGUCUGGAAGUUGCAUCAGUAUUAGUGACGCUUUAGAACAAGGAUUGAUUACAGAAGAUCUUGCUCAGAAGGUGCUCCACUCCAACCCUGUUCAGGGGACAAUUAUUGACUCAGCAGGAGAUCCUGUUUGUAGUAAUCCUGAAGCGGUACCCCAGCGAUGUUCAGAUAAUGUGGGUGCUGAGAGUCCAGAACACCAGUUCCAUUCAGCUGAUCAGACAGGUGAUGAGCAUUCCAACAAGAAGGUAAUUACUGUGACCCUUGACCUCACAGAUGAGCAGCUCAAUGAAAAGUGGGCACAAACUGAUGAUGGGAGUUCAGAGGAAGCCCAGAGGUUAUCAGAAAAUGCGAAACAACUGAGCAGGAUUUCAGAUUUUUCACUUCCUUUAGAUUCCUGCAACACACAAUCUGAAGAUCGGCAGGUGGUUCCCUCCAAUACGUCUGGUAAGGCAACAGAAAGAGGUGCCAUCCCUAAAAGAGUCAAAUUUUCUGUGCCAGAUGAAAGCUGUGGUAGAGAGGACUUCACUGACAUGGACUUGUCUGAUGAAAGUGGUGGACAGGGCUUCACUGAUGUGGACUUGUCUAAUAAAGACUCUCUUAGGCACGGUUCCAUUAAGGAUGAGAGCGGUGUGGGAAGGUCCAUUCAUGAGAUGGAUGUAUCUGAUGAGAAGUCAGAUUUUCUCCACGUGAGCCACAGAGAAGCUGCCAUUGAGAGAAAUGAAAAGGUAAAGCAGCGAGAGAAAGAGAGACCCUCAGAGAUUAGGAACAGCAGUCCAACUUGUGCACCAUUCGUCAACAUUAGCGGUAAGGGGCAGCCUGAAAUGGCACAGCUAGAGCCUAACAAGAAUGUGAGUCCAAGUCAAAGUGAUCUCAGGAAACCCAGCACAUCACAUAGUGGUGCCUUAUCUGCUAAGGGGAAAACUGAACAUUUUCAGAAGUCUGACGGUGUAUCCAGGUCAGUUGGGGACGAAGCAGAACAGAGGGUGAACAUUCUGCCAUCACAGGUUUCAGUAACAAACCACCAUGCAACAGGCCAAAAAAGUUCAGACCACCCUACUGAAAAUAUCAUCUCAGAAAGUUCACUUUCAGAAAUCUCACUUUCAGAAAAAAUGAUGUGUCCACAGAAGGUACAGACUGAGAGAGAAAUGGGGACAGCUGGCUGUUCUCUUGAGACAGUCUCUAGUCAACAUAGGCAGGAGGUGCCGAGUCUCAUUGGUUCUUCAAAAGAUGACCAAUCAGCAAGUCGGGUAAAUGAGAAACAGUUUGAUAAAUAUAUUCAAUCUUUUUCUCUGCCUUUGCCUAAUUUGGAGGAAGAAGCAGAGGAUAGCUCUGAUAGCAUGGAAAGUCCAACACUGAUCCAUAAUCUGCCUCAUUCAGAUACAGUACCUAGUUUACACAAAGUGGACACAAGUUACACCACUGAUUGCAGAAAUGAGAGGAUUAAACAAAAUGAACUGCCUGUUAAGACUGUCCCUUCAGAGUUUGGUGCUGUUUCUGCUGAUGCUGAGUGUGACUGGAAAGAAAACAGAGUGAGCAAAUGUCCUGGAAGUGCACCAGGUACAAGAUUAGCUACUGAACAUCUGCCUAGUUCAGCACCUGAAACCACCAGUGAUGUGGAAACAAGCAGAGCAAUUAGUUACAGACAUGGUUCAGGUAGGCAUGACAAGUCACCUAGUGAGAGCACUCGGUCGGGCUCUGGCUGUCUCUCAGACUCUGCUACUUCUGACUCUACUAGUUCUGCUAUUCAACACGUUUCCACGCCACUUGUAUCAGACCUCUAUGGCACACUAAGAGCCAGUCUGGAUAAGAUGGUGAAAAUUAAGGAGGAGGGUGCACAUGGUGAGUUGCAGAAAGCAGAAACCCAAGUCUUCAUUGAGGACAUUAUGAGGACCAUCCAAAACAUCCCAGAAGGCCCCAGGAGCAUCAGUGAGGCUAUCACUGCCGACCAUGAGGAGAAAGACCUGCCAUGUGGGCAUAUUGACAGCACAAGCCCCGACCUGCUUGUGGAUUUGUUCAAACAAGAAGCUCUGCGAUCAGACGUAAGCAAACACCUUGUUGACCAGGAAGAGAAUCUUUUAGGAAGAAGAAUUCUAGAAGGAAAGUCAGCCGCUGACAUUGAGCAGAUCCAGUGCCAGUUACUGCAGAUCGUCGAGGCUGUGUCCUCAACCAAGGACCCUGCUGUUGUCAAGGAUGUCAUCCAGAAUCUCUGUGGCAUUCUGGGUAAUGAUGCGCCCAAAGACCCACACCAGAGGACAAAAAGUACAGAGAAACAGGGCGUAGUUGCAGCUGCUGAAGGUGGAGAGGCUCCCACCCUCCACUUCAGCCCUUUUGCAGAUUCCACCAGCCAACCACAAGCUCAGGAUGUUCAUGAUUUCUCAAAUACAGAGGGCCAUGACGAUGCCAAAAGAAAAUUGGAACCACAGUACACCACUCAGAAUUAUCUGGAGUGUGUUGGCAGACUUCAAGAUCAUUCAGAUGCAAUUGAGGAGAUUAAAAAUGACUUGGAGACUCAAGGGCUCUUGAGCAAUGACUUGGAAGGGUUGCAGAGUCAGCUAGAGGAAACCAAGUCACUUGAAGCACAGCUUGCUGCACUGGCUGGCACUCUAACCACAGAUCUGGACAUUGCGGGACAGCUGCUGCGUUCUGCUGAUGGAUAUGUUCCCACACAGAUUGUCAGAGAUCUGGCAGCCAUCUUUAAAGACCUGCCACUGACUUUCACCAAUGUUUGCAAAAUGUCUGCAGAGAAGGGCAGCGCCAUAACACAAGCCAUAGAGACAGAAAAGGUACAAUUAGAGUCAUCCUAUCAAGCACUCUUAAGCUCCCUCCAGAAGCUGUCAGGAUAUAUUGGUGACAGUGCUGAGAUGGUAUCAAACCUUGAUAUCAUGAACACUGAUGACCUGGAUACAGUAAAGUACAGGAUUCAGCAAAAUAAGGACAUGGAAAAAAACUUGUCGGGAACUCAGCAGCAACUGGAAAACACUGCUUUCGAGGUCCAGUACUUCAUAUCUGAGCAUGCUCAGAACCUGAGCCCCUCCCACAGCAGGCGUCUUCUCAUGGCUCUCAGCGCCACCCAGAGGGCUUUCAAGGAACUGACAGAGAAAGUGUCCACCCAGAGGCACACUCUGGACCUGCAUCUGGAGAUCAGAGAGGAGCAGAGACAGCAGAAGAGUGCUGCCGAAAAGCAGAAGGAGUACUCCGAGAAGCUGCAAGAGCUGUGUGACAGUCUCACCCAGACGGAGAACAGGCUCAUUGGGCACCAGCAGCUGGCCAUAAGUGGGGACAGUGUUGGGGACUUGCAGCAGUAUCAGAAAGAGCAUCAGGCCUUACAGAAAGAUGUGCAGGCCAAUGCCAGUGCCCUGGCAGAGGUUGUCAGCAGCACCAAAAAAUUCCUGGAAGAGAACCGGAGUAAACUGAAGCCAGAGCAGAUCGCUGCCAUUGAAAGCCAGUUGGAGGAUGCCAAGAGCAAGUCCAAACUACUCAGCCAGCGGGCUGAAGACUCUAGAAAAGACCUGGAGAAGGUGGUGACCACAGCCAUCAAGCAAGAAACAGAAAAGGUUGCUGCAGUGGAACAGCUGGAGGAGAGCAAAAACAAGAUUGAAGGUCUCUUGGACUGGAUAUCUAACAUAGGGAAGGACAAAGAGAAGGAACGCAACCACAAGGAUCCCAUAGCCAGGCAGAAUGGGAACCUGCCACUGGAGAAUUCCUCCAGGAACAUAUUGGGUGAGGAGGACGAUGCCAAUGGGAACACUCUACAAGAAAGCGUCACCACAGUGGACGGAAAAGCGAAAGACACCCAUGAGCUUGACCUUGAUGAGCAGUAUGACAGGGUCAAGGCUCAUCACCAGGAGGUCCUGUCCCAGCAGCAGGAGCUGAUCAUGGCCACCCAGUCAGCCCAGGCGCUUCUGGACAAGCAGUCCGAUGCGCUGUCCCCGGGGGAGAGGGACAAACUGCAGAGGGACAUCCAGGAGCUGAGAGGCCGCUACGAGACCGAGCUGGCCCAGGCCGAGCUCCAGACCAAGCACGUGGAGUCUCUGCAGGAGGAGCUGCGCAAGUUCAAGGACGACUGCGGCGAGUUCGAGGCCUGGCUGCAGCAGGCCGAGGGCGAGGUGGGCGAGCUGGAGGCCCCCGCGGGUGAGCUGGAGGUCCUGAACGAGAAGCUGCAGAGGCAGAGGAGCUUUUCGGAGGAUGUGAUCUCGCACAAGGGCGACCUGCGCUUCAUCACCGUGUCCGGCCAGAGAGUGCUGGACGCCGCCAAGGCCUGCAGCCGGGCCGAACCUGCAGGGAGAGACCCGCAGCUGGACGUGGACACCACUGGUGUCUGUGCAGCCGUGAAGGAGAGGCUGGAUUCAGCAGCCGGCCGCUACAAAGCUGUCCAUUCCCAGUGCAACCAGCUGGGCAGCAACCUGAAAGAGGUGGUGGAUAAAUACAAGAAAUAUGAAGACGCAGCAGAAAACCUGGGGAAAUGGCUGAACAGCUCAGAGGAGGAGGCCAGGAGACAGCAGGCAGAGCCCAUCUCUGCUGAUCCUCAGACCCUGCAGAAACAGCUAGAGGAGACCAAGGCCUUGCAAGGACAGACAUCUGGACGACAGGCUGCCGUGGAAACUCUGCGCAAAACAGCAGACGCUCUGAUUGCGGCCGAGGGGGAUCUGCUGACCAACCAGGAUGAGAUCCUGGAGACAGUUGAUGAUAUUGUGGAGAGAUACGACAACCUGUCCAAGUCUGUGAGCGAGAGGAACGAGAAGCUCCAGGUGACCCUAACGCGUUCCCUCAGUGUCCAGGACGGUCUAGAUGAGAUGAUGCAGUGGAUGGAAGGUGUGGAGAAGAGCCUGGAGCAGAAGGACCAGGUUCCUCUGAACUCGGCUGCCAUUGGUGACAUGCUUAGCAAGGAGGCGGCCCUGGAGCAGGACAUGUCUAGCCGUCAGAGCAGUGUGUCAGCCAUGAAGGCCAAGGUGAAGAAGUUCAUGGAGAAGGCCGAACCGUCAGUGGCAUCCUCCCUCCAGGCCAAGAUGGACACCCUGUCCCAGCGCUUCUCUGACGCCUGUGAGAAGCACAAGCAGAAGGUGGGGCAGCUGGAAGAGCUGAAGGACAAGGUGGAGCUCUUUGAGAAGACUGCAGAAAAGGUCCAGCAGUUCAUCACCAAGCGAUCGCAGGCACUGUCUGAGACGGAGGGCCCGGGAAAGAACGUCAACGAGCUCUCUCAGCUGAUGCAGGACACCAACACAGAGUUGGCAGAGCACGCCAAGGAUGUGGACAUGCUGCACAAGCUCUCCAAAGAACUGUCCGAGAUCAGUCCAGAGGGCAGCAAAGCCCAAAUCCAGGGAAAGAUGGAAAGCCUGGCUGGUAGCUUUAAAGCCUUCACAGACACUGUGAAAGAGAAAGAGGAGGAGGUUUCCUCCUGCCAGGAUCAGCUGGCGGAAUUCAGGGUGGCUGCGGGUGCCCUCAGGAAGUGGGUGGAUGAGUCUUUGGAGAAGGUGCCUGCCGUCCCAGCCUCCUGCAGUGAGCAGAGCCUGGCCAAGGCCCUGCAAAGAGUCAACGCUUUGAUGGAGGAGUGGACUGCCAAAGGGUCAGAGGUCCAGGACAUCAGCACCAAAGGAUCAGCUCUGUGCAGCCUCAUCAGUGUCUUGACCUCACCUGCCAAAACCAAGACAUCACGCAAAUCAGGAUCAGCUGUAAUUAAUGGGUCAGGUCCAGGAACCCAUGCUUACCUAACGAACAAAGAGCUCAUGGUCGUUCAGCAGAGCACGUCGUACAUCAACGAAGGGUACGAGAACCUCGGCGAGCGUUUGAAAGACAGGACAGGGGAGCUGAAUGCUGUGAUGCUGAAGGUGCAGGAGGCACGGGACGAGACCGACUCUAUGAUGAAGUGGCUGGAUGACACAAAGAAGACUGUGAAGUCCUGGGAUGCUGUUUCCACAGAGACAGUUUCCAUGAAAACCCAAAUGGAGCAACAAAGGGCGUUUGAAGAAGACUUGAACCAAAAGCAGAAGAAGCUCCAACAGCUGAGAGAGAAGCUCCUGGACCUGAUUGAGAAACAUCCAGAUUCUCCUGAAGCAGCAAAGUGGAAGCAGAUGCUGGAGCAGAUAGAUGAGGCCUGGAAAGCUGUGUGCGACUCCGGGGAGGAGAGGAGGCGACGGCUGGAAGAAUCGUCCCACCACCUGGCGCAGUUCCAGACAGCUGAGGCCCAGCUCUGCCAGUGGCUCUCAGAGAAGGAGCUGAUGAUGGGCGUGCUGGGACCGCUGUCGGUGGACCCCAACAUGCUCAAAGCACAGAAGCAGCAAGUCCAGAUCCUGCUGAAUGAAUUUGACAGCCGGAAGCCGCAGUACGAGCAGAUGAAUGAGGCUGGCCGGGCCAUCUUGAGUGCGCCCAGUGAGAAGGACCCUUCCUGCGGGGGGGUGAGGGAACAGCUGGCCUCUGUGACCCAGAAGUGGCAGGGCCUGACAGGCCAGCUGGGCCAGCGAUCAGAGCGCAUCGAUCAGGCUUUGGGAAAGACCAUGCAGUUCCAGGGCCUGCUUAAGAGCCUCACCGACAGCGCGGCCAACCUGGAGGCUCGCCUGCAAGGUCAGCAGGCGCUCAGCACCCAGCCCGAUGCCGUGAAGAAGCAGCUUGAAGCGGCUAACGACAUCUCAGCUCAACUGCGUGAGGAGAGGAAGAGGCUGAGGGAGGCGGAGUCACUCUGCUCUGAGCUUUCGGCCCUCGUUGGCGAGGAGUACCUGAGGGCUGACCUGGCUCGGCAGCUGGAAAGUGUCACAAAGCCAUUCAAGCUGCUGGAGGAGAAAGCAGGCAAGCGGAUAGAGCAGCUGAACUCGGCAUUUGCCAGCUCGCAGCAGUUCCAUCAGAUGUCCAAAGACUUCCAGGGGUGGCUGGAGGGGAAGAGGCAGGAGGGGUCACGGCCUCAGCCCAUCUCCACUAGGACAGAAGCCCUUCAGCGGAGCAUCGAGGAGCAGGAGGCCUUCCAGAGGGCGCUGAGUGAGCAGGAGACUCCCUACCACACCAUCGUCAGGGAGGGUGAGGCCCUGCUGCAGACCACUGAGGAUGCUGAGAAGGUGGCACUGCAGGGCCAGCUCUCCUCCCUCAGGUCCAACUGGGAGGAGGUGAAGAAGGGUGCGUCGGACCGAAUGGAGCAGCUCCAGGGGGGAUUGCAGAGGGCCCAGAGGUAUGAGGAGCAGGCCAAAAGGCUGGGUGAUUGGGUCGAGGAGUGCCAGGCCAAGGUGUGUGGGGUGAAGCUCAGCGUGGACCCGGCGCAGGUGGAGAGCUCCUUUUCCCAGGUGAAAGCCAUCCAGAAGGACGCGGACAAGCACCGGGGACAGGUGGACCUGCUGAACAGCGCUGCUGACAGCGUGCUGGAGGUGGCCACAGUUGAGCGCGAGGCCAUCAAGGAAGAGACGGCUGCCAUCAGCCAGAAGGUGGACAGCGUGAUGGAGCAGCUACAGCAGAAAAAAGAGUCUUUGGAGACAAUUAUGCAGAGGAUGAAGGACUUCAACGAAAACCUCAAAGAUGUGAAGGGCCAAAUUGAUGGGGCCAGGAAGCAGCUGGAGACUCAUGAGUCUCUGGGCGUCCAAGCCUAUAGUAGCAAGAACCUGACUAACAUGAAAGCCCAGCAGAGGAGUCUAGCAGGCUUGCAGGCGCAGGUGGAUCAGGUCAAGAGCCUUGCUCAGGGGCUGGUGGUGGAUGUACCUGAAGCCGAAGGGGUGACCGACCUGCUACUCCAGACUGACAGCUUGGAGAAGGACUACGGCUCCGUCCACUCUGAGAUGGAGGAGAAGUGCUCAGCCCUGGAGGGCAAGCUGCAGGGCAUCGGGCUGUUCCAGGACAGCAUCCGUGAGAUGUUUGCCCGCUUUGCUGACCUGGACGACGAGUUGGACAGCAUGGCGCCAGUGGCUCGGGACCAGGACACGUUGCGGUCGCAGCAGACUGACAUCAGGAGCUUUGUGGGCAAACUCCAGGAACUUAUGGACAACACGGCAGACGCCAGCAACCGCUGCAAGAAAAUGCUGGAGACUGAGGCCUCGCCUGACCUCUCAGGACUCCGGAGGGACCUGGAGGCACUGACUAAGCAGUGUGGCAAGCUGAUGGACAGGGCCAAGGCCAGGGACGACCAGGUGGAGAGCACCCUCACCCGCGUGGACGAGCUCUACAAGAAUCUUCACGAGUUCACUGACAAAUUGAGAGGGGCUGAGAAGAGGGAGGAGUCCCAAGGUCCUGUUGGCAUGGAGACUGAAGUCAUCAACCAGCAGCUGGAAGCCUUUAAGGUUUUCCAAAAAGAAGAAAUCGAACCACUCCAGGCCAAGCUGCAAGACCUUAACUGGCUGGGCCAGGGUCUUAUUCAGAGUGCUGCCAAAAACACCAGCACUCAGGAUUUGGAACAUGACCUGGAGGAUGUCAACGCAAGAUGGAACACGCUCAACAAAAAGAUUGCAGAGCGAUCAGCCCAACUUCACGAAGCCCUGCUGCAUUGUGGAAGGUUCCAGGACGCUCUGGAGUCUCUACUCAGCUGGCUGAGGGACACAGAAGAGUUGGUGGCCAAUCAGAAGCCCCCGUCUGCCGAAUUCAAGGUUGUCAAGGCUCAGAUUCAGGAGCAGAAACUUCUGCAGAGGCUGCUGGAUGAUCGGAAGCCCACGGUGGAGCUGAUCAAAAAGGAGGGGGCCAAGAUGUCUGAACUGGCAGAACCAGCAGACAGGGAGAAGAUAGUGAAGGAGAUUGAUGGUCUGGGACAGAGAUGGGAUGCCCUGCUGAAGAGGGCUGAAACCAGACAUAAACAGUUGGAAAGCACUCUUGGGGUUGCACAGCAGUUCCACGAGACCCUGGAGCCCCUGUCCGAGUGGCUCACCGCCACUGAAAAACGUCUGGCCAAUUCCGAACCCAUCGGCACCCAGACCAAGAAACUGGAGGAGCAGAUCUCCCAGCAUAAGUCCUUAGAGGAGGAGGUCAGAGCUCACAGUAAAAACCUGCACCAAGCCAUCAGUCUGGGCCAGGUGCUCAGAUCCAUAAGCUCAAUGGACGAUAAGGAGCUGGUCCAGACUAAGCUGGAUGCUGCUCAGACAAACUACAUGGAGCUGCAUGAGAGGAGCAGGAGGAGGGCGGAGAUGCUGCAGCAGGCCCUCUCCAACGCCCAGCUCUUUGGGGAGGAUGAGGUGGCCCUCAUGAAUUGGCUGAGCGAGGUACACGACAGGCUGAGCGAGGUGUCUGUGCAGGACUACAAAGUGGACGUGCUCGAAAAGCAGAACGCCGAACAGCUGGCUCUUCAUGAGGACAUUGAGCAAAGGAAGCAGAACAUUGAUCAGGCCAUCUCCAAUGGGAUGGAGCUUCUUAAGCAAACAACAGGUGAUGAGGUGGUGGUCAUCCAAGGAAAGCUUGAUGGAAUCAAGACCAGAUACGCUGAGAUCAACUCGAUGAGCAGCAAAGUGUCCAAAACCCUGGAGCAGGCCUUGUCUCUGGCUGCCAGGCUCCAGCACACCCAUGAGGGCCUAAGCUGCUGGCUGGAAGGGGUGGAGGCUGAACUGGAAGCCUUCCAAGCUCAGGCACCAGUGGGAGAGCAGCUCAUCCAAGCACAGGACAGGCAGAAAGAGCUGCUUCAGGAGGUGCGGGAGCACAAGGCCCAGUUGGACAGCCUCAACGAGGUGAGCAGCAGUCUGCUGGAGCUGGUGCCCUGGCGUGCGCGGGAGGGCCUGGACAAGCUGGUGAGCGAGGACAACGAGCGCUACAAGCUGGCCAGUGACACCAUCGCCCAGCAUGUGGACGAGAUCGACGCCGCCAUACUGAAAUCGCAGCAGUUUGAGCAGGCGGCCGAUUCGGAGCUCAGCUGGCUGGGUGAGGCAGAAAGGAAGUUGGCGUCACUGGAAGAGAUCCGGCUGGAGCCAGAGCAGACUGUGGCCCAGUUGCAGGCUCAGAAGGCCUUCUCUAUGGAUAUCCUUAGACACAAGGAUGCUGUAGAUGACAUUGUGAAAACCGGGGAAGCCAUCAUGAACAGCAAAGAUGAAGAGGAAAAGCAAGCCUUGCAGGAGAAGAUCCGGAUCCUGCUGGAGAAGUACGGCACUGUGAGUCAGCUGAACUCGGAGCGCUGCCUUCAGCUGGAGCGGGCCCAUUCGCUGGCCAGCCAGUUCUGGGAGACCUACGAGGAGCUGUGGCCCUGGCUCCAGGAGACCCGUGCUGGCUUCAGCCAGCUUCCCCAGCCGGCCAUUGAGUAUGAGACACUCAAACAACAGCAGGAGGAGCUGAGGCAAAUGCGGGAGCUGAUCGCAGAGCACAAGCCUCACAUCGACAAGAUGAACAAGACGGGCCCGCAGCUCCUGGAGCUCAGUCCAGUGGAGGGGAAGUCCAUCCUGGAGAAGUACACAGCUACUGAUCAGCUGUACACCCAGCUGAAGGCCGACGUCAAACAGAGGGCUUCUGCCCUGGAUGAGGCCAUCUCCAAAUCCACGCAGUUCCAUGAUAAGAUCGACCCGAUGCUGGAGUCCCUGGAGCGCAUUGUGGAGCGCCUCCGGCAGCCUCCCUCCAUCUCGGUGGAGGUGGAGAAGAUCAGGGAGCAGAUCUCGGAGAACAAGGCCGUCUCCAUGGACCUGGAGAAGCUCCAGCCGGCAUAUGAGACGCUGAAGCAGCGGGGGCAGGAGAUGAUCGCACGCUCAGAGGGUGCUGACAAGGACAUAUCAGCCAAAGCCGUUCAAGACAAGCUGGAUCAGAUGGUGUUCAUCUGGAACGACAUCCAGGCUCUCCUGGAGGAGAGGGAGGCCAAGCUGCUGGACGUGAUGGAUUUGGCAGAGAAGUUCUGGUGUGACCACUGUGCCCUGAUUGUCACCAUCAAGGACACCCAUGACCUUCUUAAAGAGCUGGAGGAGCCAGGAGUUGACCCCUCUGUGGUCAAGCAGCAGCAGGAGUCAGUGGAGAAUUUCAAAGAGGAGAUUGAUGGACUUCAGGAAGAGCUUGACGUGGUUCGGAACCUGGGGGCAGAGCUGUUGGCUGCCUGCGGAGAGCCUGACAAGCCCGUAAUCAAGAAGAGCAUUGAUGAGGUGAACUUGGCCUGGGAGAAUCUGAAUAAGACCUGGAAGGAGAGAGUGGACAGGCUAGAAGAAGCCAUGCAGGCUGCAGUGCAGUUCCAGGAUAGCCUUCAGGGCAUGUUUGACUGGGUGGAUAUUGUCGAGAACAAGCUGGAUUCAAUGUCACCCGUGGGCACAGACCUGGAGACAGUGAAACAGCAGAUUGAAGAGCUCAAGGAGUUCAAGGGUGAGGUUUACCAACUCCAGAUUGAGAUGGAGCGACUCAACCACCAGGGGGGGCUGCUACUGAAGAAGGUGGUCAAGGAAGCAGACCGGAGCGCCAUUCAGGAGCCCUUGGCUGAGCUCAAGAUGCUGUGGGACAAUCUAGACGAGAAGACCAUCAACAGACAGCAUAAACUGGAGGGUGCUCUGCUGGCCCUGGGGCAGUUCCAGCAUGCGCUGGAUGAGCUGCUGGCCUGGCUGACCCACACCGAGGAGCUGCUGAACGAGCAGAGGAAGGCUGGAGGGGACCCCAAGGCCAUUGAGAUUGAGCUGGCCAAGCACCAUGUGCUCCAGAACGACGUGCUGGCCCACAAGAGCACGGUGGAGGCGGUCAACAAGGCCGGCAAUGACCUGAUGGAGUCCAGCGCCGGGGAGGAGGCCAGCAGCCUGCAGAGCAAGCUGGAGAGCCUCAACCAGCGCUGGGAGAACAUCCUGGAGAAGACUAAACUGAGGAGGCAACAUCUGGACAGUGCGCUGCUACAGGCCCAGGGUUUCCAUGGUGAAAUCGAAGACAUGCAACAGUGGCUGAAAGACACGGAACGUCAGCUGUUAGCAUCAAAGGCUGUUGGAGGCUUACCAGAAACAGCCCGGGAGCAGCUUAACGCCCAUCUGGAGCUGUGUAGCAUGUUCCAGGUGAAAGAGGAGCUUUACCAGAGCCUGAUGCAGCGGGGCCAGCAGCUGCUGGCCAUUACCCCCGAUGGCCAGGACACCAACACUGAGCAGGACCUCAAGAACCUGCAGGAGAAGUGGGACUCUGUGCAGGCAAAGGUGGCUGAGAGAAAGGGUAAACUGGAGGAGGCUCUUACCCUGGCCACGGAGUUCCACAACUCCCUGCAGGACUUCAUCAACUGGCUGACCCAGGCAGAGCAGACCCUUACCAUGGCCUCUCCCGCGUCCCUCAUCCUGGAGACCAUCAUGUUCCAGAUCGACGAGCACAAGGUGUUCGUAACGGAGGUGAACUCGCACCGUGAGCAGAUCAUUGAUUUGGACAAGACAGGGACGCACCUGAAGUACUUCAGCCAGAAGCAGGAUGUGGUGCUGAUCAAGAACCUGCUGAUCAGCGUGCAGAGUCGCUGGGAGAAGGUCGUGCAGAGGUCGGUGGAGAGGGGCCGCCUGCUGGACGAUGCCAGGAAGCGUGCUAAACAGUUCCAUGAAACAUGGCACAAGCUCACAGAGUGGCUGGAGGAAUCUGAGAAGGCCUUGGACUCUGAACUGGAAAUCGCCAACGACCCGGACAAGAUCAAGAUGCAGUUGGCCCAGCACAAGGAGUUCCAGAAAGCCCUGGGGAGCAAGCACUCCGUGUACGACACCACCAUCCGCACGGGCCGGGCCCUUAAGGACAAGAGCACCCUGGAGGACGACCACCAGAGGCUGGACGACAUGCUGAGCGAGCUGCGGGACAAGUGGGACACAGUGUGCGGCAAGUCUGUGGAGAGGCAAAACAAGCUGGAGGAGGCUCUGCUGUUCUCAGGUCAGUUCACUGAUGCCCUGCAGGCCCUUAUAGAUUGGCUCUACAAAGUGGAGCCUCAACUGGCUGAAGACCAACCAGUGCAUGGAGACAUCGAUCUGGUGUUGAACCUCAUCGACAGUCACAAGGUCUUCCAGAAGGAGCUGGGGAAGAGGACGGGCAGCGUGCAGGCCCUGAAGCGCUCGGCACGUGAGCUGAUCGAGAACAGCCACGACGACUCGUCCUGGGUUAAGGUUCAGAUGCAGGAGCUGAGCACACGCUGGGAGACGGUGUGUGCUCGCUCUGUGUCUAAGCAGACCAGACUGGAGCAGGCCCUUAGCCAGGCAGAGGAGUUCCACUCCACCGUCCACAUCUUGCUGGAGUGGCUGGCCGAGGCGGAGCAGAGCCUGCGUUUCCACGGUGCCCUGCCUGAUGACGAAGAGGCUCUUCGGGCUCUCAUUGAGCAGCACAAGGAGUUCAUGAAGAAGCUGGAGGAGAAGCGAGCCGCUCUGACCAAAGCUACCAGCAUGGGCGAGGCAAUCUUGACCAUCUGCCACCCAGACUCCAUCACCACCAUCAAACACUGGAACACCAUCAUUAAAGCACGAUUUGAGGAGGUCCAGGCCUGGGCAAGGCAGCAUCUGCAGAGACUGGGCGGAGCCCUAAGUGAGCUGCUGGCCACCCUGGAGCUGCUGGAGAACCUUCUGGGCUGGCUGCAGUGGGCUGAGGCCACCCUCAAUGAGAAGGACAAAGAGGCCUUGCCUCAAGAGAUAGAGGAGGUCAAGGCCCUCAUUGCUGAACACCAGACAUUCAUGGAGGAAAUGACUAGGAAGCAACCUGAUGUGGACAAAAUCACCAAGACACACAAGAGGAAGGCAACAGCGGAGCCGCCCAUUCAGUCCCAUAUCCCAGUCCUGGAGAAAGGAAGGGCAGGAAGGAAGCGUUCUCCCAUGCAAGGGAUGUACCCCGCAGCUGCCCAGCCUCAGAUUGAAACCAAGAACCCGCGAGUCAAUUUGCUGGUCAGCAAGUGGCAGCAGGUGUGGCUUCUGGCCCUGGACCGCAGGAGGAAACUCAAUGACGCACUGGACCGGCUGGAAGAGUUGAAGGAAUUUGCCAACUUUGACUUUGACGUGUGGAGGAAGCGCUACAUGCGCUGGAUGAACCACAAGAAGUCUCGUGUCAUGGACUUCUUCCGCCGCAUCGACAAGGACCAGGACGGCAAAGUCACCAGGCAGGAGUUCAUCGACGGGAUCCUGUCCUCAAAGUUCCCCACCAGCCGCCUGGAAAUGAGCGCAGUGGCAGACAUCUUUGAUCGUGAUGGAGACGGCUACAUCGAUUACUAUGAGUUCGUUGCUGCCCUCCAUCCCAACAAGGACGCCUACAAGCCUCUCACCGAUGCGGACAAAAUCGAAGAUGAGGUGACUCGCCAAGUUGCCAAAUGUAAAUGUCCCAAACGAUUCCAAGUGGAGCAAAUUGGCGCCAACAAAUAUCGGUUCUACCUCGGAAACCAGUUUGGUCUGGUACACUGCUUACAUGACCCCUUAAUCGCCGAUGAGACAAUAGCAAACAGGGACAGUCAGAAUCUAAACUCCCAGCUACACGUUGCAGUUUUGGAAAGCUGUAUUCUGUUUGGAGACUCACAGCAGCUUCGCCUGGUCCGGAUCCUGCGUAGCACCGUAAUGGUCCGGGUUGGAGGGGGCUGGAUGGCUUUGGAUGAGUUCCUGGUGAAGAACGACCCAUGCAGAGUUCACCACCACGGGAGUAAAAUGUUACGCUCGGAAUCAAACUCUUCAAUUACUCAGUCUCCUAUAGGUUGGCAACUCUCACACUUUCUCUCCCUGCUCCAUCCUGGUGCGAAAGGCCGGACGAACAUGGAGCUACGAGAAAAAUUCAUCCUCCCCGAGGGCACCACCCAGGUGAUGGCCAGUUUCCGUUACAGGGGUCGGAAGUCACGACCUUCCUCUCGAGCAGCGUCUCCAAACAGGUCGAACUCUAGCCAAAGCUGUCCUGGCCAGCCAAUUCCGGCUGCAACCAGUACCCCCAAGACAUCCCAACAUUUGACCCGCAAUUAUGAUAAACCAUGGCUGACAAACAGCAAACCCACCACUCCUCUUAAAUCAUCAGACUCCUUUGAAAGCCAAGGGUCAUCUACAGAGAGCACGCCGAUACAGGGCAGCAAGCUCCGGCUCCCUGGAUAUUUGUCAGGGAAGGGGUUCCAGUCUGGGGAGGAGGGCGCCCUCAUAUCGGCUGCUGUGACAAAAGCGAGGGCACAGGUCUUAGACUCUAGGAAGACUCCCAGCCGGCCCGGAAGCAAAGCUGGGAGCCGAGGGAGCAGUCGAAGGGGCAGCGAUGCCUCGGACUUCGACAUCUCCGACAUCCAGUCGGUCUGCUCAGAUGUGUCCGAGACUGUGGCCGACUCUGGGGGGGGGAGGCCACGGGCAGCAUCCCGCCCACACUCCGGGAAGCCUUCCAAAAUUCCCACACCCCAGAGGAGGUCGCCCGCUGCUAGCAAAAUCCCUAAGGCCUCUAAGAGAUAGUCUGGGGCCCUUGAGUUCUGCCCAGACAGACACGGAGACUACAUGUGCAUUCACUAUCUAAGAAGUUGGGAGAUGUAAAAUAUUCUGUAGAAAAAAGAAAGAUUGUUUUAAUAUUGAGCGAGAUUGGAAUGCUGAUGGCCUUGUGUAUUUGUCCUGUAUUUUAUUUUAUGUGAAUAAUGUUGUCAGAUUGUUAUUAUGAUAAUUAUUUUAUUUUAUUGAUGCCAUACCUGAGAAGGUUAGCGAAAUUUCAAAACAGAAAAAAAACAAUGGAAAAAGUAUGUUGUAAGAUAAACUAACAGUUUAACGCACUAAAGUAACAGUAACACUAUGUUUUUAUUUUUUGCUCUGGAAGGGUUGCUGAAUGUACUGUAAUUUUCUGAAAGCUAACCUGCACGUGGAGUGCAGCAUAUCACUGUACUCUCGGGUGGGAGCAACAAUUAUUUAUAUCUAUUUAAAGUGCAAUGAAGUGCUGCCAAAAUGCAUUAAAAGGGCAAUACAGUACACUAAACGCUGAACACUACGGUCAAGUUUUUAGCCUGAUGUUAAAACGUGCAAAUAAGGAAUUCAUACUGCAGAUAAUUCUUAAAGAACAAGGCCUUGAGCCCUUAGCUAUUUAACCUCAGCACCUGCAAUUAGUGUUACGUUUGAUUAUCUUACAGCAAUGUGUGCCAUUUAACUUUGACAGGUGCCAUUCCGGCUCCUACUAGUAGACAUUCUUAAGUGCAUUCAUGUCAAUGUAUGGUUCAUUUUGCUAGAGUGGACAGGAACACUGUAACUCCUUUUGUAAUAAACUUGCUUGCCGAAAGCUGCAAUGGUAUACUAAAGUCCCCCACCUUCCUUUUCAUUCCAUGCAUUAAUGAAUGUGUCUGUUACUCUUGUUAGAAUACUGGAAGAAUAAUGCCUUAUAUAGGCAUUCAAACACAAUCAUUACUACUGAAGAAAUUCAAGUCUUUCAUAGGAAUAUUCA